CGUAGGCACCAAACCAAACCAAACCCUGAGGCACCAAAAACAACUAUUACCACUGCCACCUGUCAGGACAACAACGUGGGACAUAGUUUGAUGCAGAAGCACCUGAAGCAGAGCAUCCGCGUACCGGUGGUGCGCCGACGCGCUAGGUCUUGCAUACGGCUGUUAAGCGUCUUGGUCGGCUCUUAUAUCGUUUGCUUGCUUUGGUCCAAAGUCUUCACGCCGAAAUAUGCAGAGCUUCCCUUCGCCGUCGAUUUUGGAAGCAAUUCCUUUGUGAUGCAAGGCAAGCCUGUGCAGAUAAUGUCCGGUGCCAUGCACUACUUCCGGGUACUUCCGGAGCUGUGGGAGGACAGACUGACCACCAUGCAAGCCUCCGGCCUGAAUACGGUCGAAACCUACGUAGAGUGGAGCAGUCAUGAACCCGAAGAAGGCCACUUCGACUUCGAAGGCCAGCAGGACCUGGUCCGUUUCUUACGGAUAGCCCAUAAGCUGGGCUUCAUGGUCAUCCUUCGACCAGGUCCGUACAUCUGCGCCGAGCGAGAUUUUGGUGGAUUUCCGUACUGGCUUCUAAGAAAUGGAUCUUCAAUGCAGCUGAGAACUUCUGACAAAAGCUAUCUCUUCUAUGUGGAUCGCUUUCUGACGAAGGUGUUCGAAAAAGUGCGACCACUUCUUAUCGGCAAUGGAGGACCGGUCAUUAUGGUGCAGUUGGAGAAUGAAUACGGCUUCCACAAAGCGUGCGACACUUCGUACAUGGCGCACCUGCGGGACCUGGCAUGGGCACAGCUGGGGCGGGACGUGGUUCUUUUCACCAUUGACAGCAUCUAUGGCAACAUGAUCAAGUGCGGCAGCGUCGGGGGUGUGCUCACCACCGUCAACUUCGGCACCAGCACGGACCCCAGGCAUGCGUUCGCUCGCAAGUCGCGCCACCAGAUGUCGGGCCCUCUCAUGAACUCGGAGCUGUACGUCGGCUGGGUGGACCACUGGGGAAAACCACAUCACUUGGUGAAUGCGACCAGCCUCGCCCAGAGGAUCCGCACGUUGCUCGCAAUGAGGGCGUCCUUUAACCUGUACAUGUUUCACGGUGGAACAAAUUUUGGAUUCAAAGCAGGCGCCAACACCGACAAAGGUUUCCGGACACAGCUGACCAGCUACGACUACGAUGCGCCUAUCAACGAGGCCGGCGACGCCACCGAAAAGUUUAAGGUUAUUCGUGACGUCAUUGCUGAGUUUUUCCCUCACCGAGUGAUGAGAGAUAUUCCUCCGCCGAAGAAGAAGAUGGCUCUCGGAAAGCUCGUCUUGAAACGCAUUUUCGGCCUGAAGGAGUUGCGACGGAUGACGUCGAAUGCCUCCGUGACGUCGCGCUACCCAUUGACCUUCGAGCAAGUUGGCCACGACUACGGCUUCAUGUUGUACGAAACUCGAAUCGAUUUCCAGCCAACUGUGCCUUCGCAUUUGAACGUGCACGGUGUGCGAGAUCGCGGCUACGUCUACUUGGACGGCGCCUUCGCAGGAAUUGUUUCGCGAGCGAAAUUACUUGAUACAUUUAUUGAUGCCAAGCCCAACCAGACCCUCUCAAUACUCGUGGAAAACCAAGGACGAGUAAACUUCGGAAACUUCAUAAGCGACAGCAAGGGCAUCGUGAAGAACGUGACCCUGAACCACAGGCUUCUGGAGGACUGGGAGAUGCGGCCCAUCCGCCUUUCCAACGCCGCUUGGCUGCGGGAGCCCGCUGCUCUUGACCAACUUCGCAGACUGGGCCGUGACCCGCCCGAAUCUGCUGCGCGCGGGCUUUCGGUGUACGCGACCACCUUCGCGCUGAACGAGAGCCAACGCUUGUACGACAGCUUCUUGCUGCUGGACCAGUGGACCAAGGGCGUCGCGUUCCUCAACGGCUUCAACCUGGGUCGCUACUGGACUGCCGCUGGUCCGCAAACGACGCUGUACGUGCCUGCGCAGAUCUUCAAGAACGAGGGAAACCUGCUCGUCCUGAUGGAGUUGGAGGCCGUUCAUUCAGACUCUACGGGAUACGGCAGCGUGGAGUUCGUUUCCGAACCUAGGAUGAACGCGCCCGUGCGCUGGCCUGUUUAGUGAUAUACCCUUCAUCUGCGAAUCGGCAACGUAUAUUUAUUGGAGCAACGUUAACAGCGCAUCUACGGAGGGCGACAAGAAAACUUAUGACGUCGGCCAACACUGACGCCUAGCCGGUCAUUGUAUAACACGCAAUAAAUUAUAACAAAGUUUCUCAAACAGCCGAAGACCAGAACCUUA